AUGUACAAAGAGAGCGAGACAAAGGUCAGGUGCAUAGCGGGAACAAAAGAGCCUUUCAAGGUAGAAGUGGGGUUACAUCAGGGGUCAGCGUUGAGCCCGUUCCUAUUUGCCAUCAUCAUGGACAGCUUCACAGAGAGCAUCAGGAAAGAGGCUCCUUGGAACAUGAUGUUUGCUGACGAUGUUGUGCUUUGCUGCGAGGAGAAAAUCGAGCUAGAGGAGGACCUGGAGAGGUGGCACGAUAGACUGGAGAGGAGAGGAAUGAAGGUAUCAAGAGCGAAGACGGAGUACAUGUGCUUGAAUGGGGUGUCCAGAGGAAACAUACGGAUGCAAGACCAACAACUGCCAGUAGUAAGUGAAUUCAGGUACCUUGGUAGCACAGUACAAUCGGAUGGUGGAGUAGAAGCAGAGAUCAGCAGAAGGAUCCAAUCAGGAUGGAACAACUGGAAGAAGAUGGCCGGUGUGAUGUGUGACAAGAGGGUCCCAGCCAAAGUUAAGGGAAAGAUCCACCGGACCGUGAUCCAGCCGGCAAUGCUUUACGGGCUGGAGACGGUACCCCAAACGAAGGCGACAAAUGAAACUAGAGGUGGCUGA